GUUCUGGUGAAUGCAAGUGGAUAGCUUUGUUUCUGGAUUAUGACGGAACUCUUCCUCCCAUUGUGGACAACCCUGAUUUUGCCAUUAUGUCCAAUGAGGCACAAUUAUGAUUAUGAUUGUUUUACCUUGUCUCAUAUGCUUGUUGCUGUAAAAAAUGCCUCUAAAUACUUCCCGACUGCAAUCAUAAGCAGAAGGUCCCGUGAGAAGUCAUGCUAUGGAUAUCAUCGGCCCAGUCAAAAAGGACAAUAUCGAAGAUGGCCAUCCAAACCACACUAUUACAACUGAUAAAUUGGUACUGCAAACUUGGUGCUCUUCACCUAUCUGUCAAUUUUCAGGAGGCAUCUCCUUGAUGAACUGCAAACAUGAGUGUGGUGACAAAAAAUGUUGGAAAGGCAGUUUUUCAUUGAUAAUAAAUACAUAUAUAAUCAUGUAUCAGGUGGUUCACUGCUAGAUUGCGUAGCUCUGGUGAACUGAAUUUGGUGAGUGAAUAGGAUCCAUUGCAUUUGAAGAUGUGUGGUUCAUCCCCUAUUCCUAGUGAAUCUGCACCAUUAAACAACUCAAGGUUAGAGUUGUCUUCAAAUAUAAUAUCAUAUUCAGUAGCAGCACAUGUGCCUUCUUCCAGUUUGUACUCAUCAGCAUUAUCCAAAAGCAAAGGAGUACUUGGUAAGUUUGAUGAUGCUUAUGUAAGUGGUUGGCUCGAUGCAAUGAAAUCAUCGUCACCUCCUUGCAAACAGCUGAACAUGGACGUCAUUUCUGAGCCUUCAAUUGAUGAAACUAAUGAGGCAUAUUGUACUUGGAUGAUGAGGCAUCCGUCGGCGUUAACAUCAUUUGAACAGAUUUUAAGUUCUAUCAGAUGCAAGAAGAUAGCUUUAUUUCUGGAUUAUGAUGGAACUCUUUCUCCCAUUGUGGACAACCCUGAUUUUGCCAUUAUGUCCAACGAGAUGCGUGCUGUUGUCAAAAGUGCUUCUAAAUACUUCCCCACUGCCAUCAUAAGCGGAAGGUCUUGUGAGAAGGUGUACAAAUUUGUGAAGCUAACAGAACUCUAUUAUGCUGGUAGUCAUGGUAUGGAUAUCAUGGGCCCAACAAGAAAAAAUAAUUUCGGUGAUGGCCAUGCCAACUACACUGUUAAAAACGAUGAGCUGGGUAAUGGGGUGCAUCUCUUCCAGGCUCCGAGUGAGUUUCUACCUAUUAUCAAUGAGGUUUGUAGCUCCCUGGUUGACAUAACCGAGGAUAUCUUAGGUGCCAAAGUAGAAUAUAAUAAAUACUGUGUCUCUGUACAUUACCGUCUCGUGGAUGAGAAGCUUUGGCCCGAGGUUGCUCGGCGUGUGCUCAGCUUGGUCGACGGCUACCCUCGUCUCCGAGUGACCCAUGGGCGGAAGGUUUUAGAGAUCCGUCCUGUGAUUGAUUGGAACAAGGGGAAAGCUGUUGAGUUUCUACUCAAAUCCCUCGGUCUCAGCAACCGUGAUGAUGUGCUUGCAAUUCACAUGGGAGAUGACAAAACUGAUGAGGACGCAUUUAAGGUGUUGAGGGACAGUAACCUUGGGUUUGGCAUCCUUGUAUCAUCUGUGCCUAAAGAAACCAAUGCAUUCUACUCUCUCAGAGACCCCUCCGAGGUAAUGGAAUUUCUGAAGUCUCUGGUCAAAUGGAAGGAGGAUAGUGCAACUGCAGCUCCAUAGAUCAUAUAUAUAUAUAUAUAUAUAUAU